UCUUUGUAGCCCAACUUCGGAGGCAGCCAUGAGUUUAGAAGCUAUCCGCUACCGCCGGGGUUCUCUGCAAAUCCUCAAUCAGCUCCUGCUGCCUCACCAGAGCCUCUACGAGGAGAUCCGCAACGUGGGCCACGGCUGGGAGGCCAUCCGGGCCAUGAAGGUGCGUGGUGCUCCAGCUAUCGCCAUUGUGGGCUGCCUAAGCCUGGCGGUGGAGCUGCAUGAUAAAGGAAAUGCAGAAUGGAGUGUGGGCAGCCUAGAAACAUUUGUGUCAGACUCACUGAACUACCUAGUGAAUGCCCGGCCUACUGCUGUCAACAUGGCCCGAGCAGCUCAGGAGCUGGGCCGCUUUGUCCACCAGGAGGCCAAGCGUGAUGGGACUACUGCCGAGAGUUUGCGAGAAAGUGUGAUCAACUGGGCGGAAGCCAUGUUGGAGAAAGAUCUGAAGGACAACAGAAGCAUCGGGGAACAUGGGGCAUGUCACCUUCUGCAGCAGGUAGGGCAGGGCAAGGUGAUAGUCCUGACCCACUGCAACACGGGCUCACUGGCCACCGCGGGCUAUGGCACUGCACUUGGUGUAAUUCGCUCCCUGCGUGCCAUGGGUCGUCUGGAGCACGUCUACUGCACGGAGACGCGGCCAUACAAUCAGGGAGCCCGGCUGACUGCCUACGAGCUGGUGUAUGAGCAGAUUCCUGCCACUCUCAUUGCUGACAGCAUGGUAUCUAUGGCCAUGAAGGAAAAAAAGAUAUCAGCUGUCUUUGUGGGAGCAGACAGGGUUGUUGCCAAUGGAGACACUGCUAACAAAGUGGGUACUUAUCAGCUGGCUAUUGCUGCAAAGCACCAUGGGAUUCCCUUCUAUGUGGCAGCACCCAGCACCUCAUGUGACCUGAGCUUAGAACAUGGUGGGCAAAUCGUUAUUGAGGAGCGGCCAAGCCAGGAGUUGACUGACAUCAAUGGUGUGCGAGUUGCAGCUCCAGGCAUUGGCGUUUGGAACCCAGCAUUUGACGUCACCCCUCACGAACUGAUAACUGGCGGCAUUGUCACAGAAUGGGGUGUCUUUGCGCCUGCUGAACUUCAAGCAGCACUGACACGGGGCAUGGAAAAAGCAUGAGCGAGUCCAGCGAAGCUGUUUCUGGAUUUCUGGACAAGAGCGUGGAUCAGGAAGAUUUUGAAUCCCAUAUACUAGAGAGCUCAGCAUUUGGGCUGUAUGGGGAUACAUUUCUAACCUAGUUCUCUGCCUCUGUAUUUGUACAUUUUGUUAAUUACUCCACCCACCCACCCAAACUUGGCAGUGGGUGUGAGUGUGCAGUUAACAUGCAUUCUCUGUGGGUCUUGUUCUUUCUUUCUUUCUUUCUUUCUUUCUUUCUUUCUUUCUUUCUUUCUUUCUUUCCAAUCGCUUUAUAGUGCCUUGUUCCCAAGGCGCUCCUUAAAAAUGUGUUAGGAUGAUGAGUCUCUUGCUCCUGAGCAAUUUGUGGCUCUUAAGACCCUUUGCUGCAGUCAAGAGCUGUGUUCCUCUACUCCUGGGAACCACUUCAGGAACAUCAGAAAAUAGUUCUGAGCCUCAAGGCAGAACUUAUUUCCUUGACAUCCUCAAGGCAGAACGUACUGCCUUGAGUAUUUUUUACAAGUACCAAAGCUCCAGUGAAAGAAAACUGUGGGGUCCUACUUGCACAAAAGCAAAUUAAUUCAUGUGGAUUGUUUGUGAAUUGGAGAUAGCGAUAGCUGUUUUUGUUUUUCUCUCUAUUGCUUUCUCUAUCCUUUUUUUUUUUUUUUUGCUUCAUGAGCCUGGUUCUCACAUAAUGACAACCCAGAAUAUAAGUUGAGUAUGGGUUGUCAUUGAAUUGUGGGUUGUCGUUGCAUGCAAGCCCUGCACUGUGGUUUAACUAUGGUUCGUUAACCACAAACAACUCAGGAAGAAAACUUGUAGCUUGUUAUUAGGUUGUGAACUCUGGGUUGUUCAUGGUUAGCAAGCCAUAGUUAAACCAUAGUGCAGGGUUCACAUGUAACAACUACGAUCCAUACUCUGGGAUGUCAUUACAUGCAAACCAGGUCAUUGUGUCAUGCUAAAGUAGGCUUCCUUUGACAGCCUACUUUAGGGAUCC